AUGCCAACAGAACUUCACGGAGUCAAGUCUGCGGACAUCGACUCCAACAUCAGGUUGUUAAUCGACGCUCUGGUCAACAUCAAAGACAAGACAGGCGAGUUCCUGCUCACUCUCGAAGAUGGCCGUGUAAUCGACACCAAGGGAUGGAACGACUGGGAGUGGACGCACGGCAUCGGUCUCUACGGCAUCUGGCAAUACUACGAGCUCAAAGGCGACCCGGACUGCUUGCAGAUCAUCGAGGACUGGUUCGCCGACCGGUUCGCCGCGGGGGGUACCACCAAGAACAUCAACACCAUGGCCGUAUUCCUCACGCUGGCCUAUGUGUACGAGCGCACGGGGAACCACACCUACCUCCCCUGGCUCGACAGCUGGGCCGAGUGGGCCUACCACGACCUUGAGCGGACCAAGUACGGCGGCAUGCAGCACAUUACUUAUCUCGAGGUCAACGACCAGCAGCUGUGGGACGACACGCUCAUGAUGACGGUCAUGCCGCUGGCCAAGAUUGGUCUAGUGCUCAACCGGCCGCACUACGUCGAGGAGGCCAAACGCCAGUUCCUCCUGCAUAUCCAGUAUCUCUUCGACGCCACGUCCGGCCUGUUCUUCCACGGCUGGGAGUUCAAUGACGAGAAGAAGGGCGGCGGGGGCGGCCACAACUUUGCCAACGCUCGCUGGGCCCGCGGUAACAGCUGGCUGACCAUCGUCAUCCCCGAGUUCAUCGAGCUGCUGGACCUCGGUCCCAGCGAAACCAUCGGUUCCAUUCUGCGGAGCACGCUCGAGGCGCAAUGCGAAGCCCUCAAGUCUCUGCAAGACGCAAAGUCCGGCUUGUGGCGAACACUGCUAGACGUGCCGGAGAGCGAAGGGUCGUAUCUCGAGGCGAGCGCCACGGCCGGGUUCGCGUUUGGCAUCCUCAAGGCGCUGCGGAAGAAGUACAUUGUUGGCAAGGAGUACGAGGACGUGGCGGUGCGCGCGCUGAAGGGGGUCUUGGAUAAUGUUAGCGAGAAGGGUGAGCUCCUGAAUACGUCGUUUGGGACGGGCAUGGGCAGGGAUUUGCAGCAUUAUAAGGAUAUCCCGAUCACUAGUAUGCCGUAUGGUCAGGCGAUGGCGAUCAUGGCGCUGGUGGAGUUUUCGAGGAGGUUCAUCUAG